CCGAGUUUCCUCCCAUUCGGGGCUUCCAAACAACGCCUCACAUCAACGUGGAGGGGUCGCGCCUCACGGAGCACGGGUGCUCGUGCUCCACGAAAGCCAUGAGCUUGUGCCAAAGACUCUUCAAGUUGGAGGAGCUGGUGCCGGAGAGGCCUGGUGCAGCAGCCGAGGACUCCACCGUGAGCCUUGAAAGCACCGUGAAUUCCAUCAAGGCCAACUGGAUGGUGCAGUUGUCCGUGGAACCGCAGACGCCUGUCACAGUGAUCAGCAGGCUGAUACCCUCAACCUUGGAGGGUCACCAGUGCUGCAAAGAGGUCAUCGCUGGUCCGGAUGGAGUCAUUUCUGGUGUGUGUGAAUUCCAUUUUCUGCGGCCCUCGCAAGAGUACACCUUUUGGCUGGGGCGGGAAGGGUCCAAAGAUGCCUUGCUGCAGCGCUCCGUGACCACGGCGCGGUGCGGACGGGACACGCCCUUUCAGAUGGCCAUGCUGAUCCCACCCGCCGCUGGGCGGCCAACUGGGACCGAAGAAGACCAACUGGGCGGCCAAAGGGUCCAUUCUUCCGGCACAGACAUGUGGACGACAUAUGUAGGCCCCGAGCACCAGCUGGGGUCGUGGCUCGGAAGCUGCCCUGAAGACAUGGUCUGGACGGUGAAGCCCUCCUUUGAGCUGCUGCGAGCCCUAUGGCGGAACGCUUGCUUCACCUUGCCCUCGAGAGGUUCACCCAUCACGCAAUGCCCCAACCCCAUUUCCAGGUAUUGCCUGGAUCUCACCAAAGGCCAGCCCUGGCUUCGGAGCAAGAAGGUGAGACGGCACAAGGGCGACUUCCGAUUGACGGUGAAUGCUGACUAUCAGCAAACCUUCAAGCACUGUGAGCGUGUGCAUGUCGAGACCCACCGGAGUACUUGGAUUACUCCUGACCUGAUUCGUAGCCUGGAUCAAUGUCGCCAAGACAAUGCCGACUUGAAAGUCUACUCCAUUGAGCUUUGGGAGAAGAGCACUGGCCAGCUGGCAGCCGCCAUCAUGGCACUCUCCAUUGGCGAUGUCUUUCAUGACUACACCAUGGCGACGAUGAUCCGUGACAGCCGCUCUGCAGGAGCAGUUCUGACCAAGGUGGUGGGACAGCUGCUGACGGAGGCAGGAUAUACUCUCUGGUAUUGGGGGUACAAGAACCCCUACAUGGCAGAAUAUGACGGUCAAUAUGGUGGGUUGCUGAUGAACAACGAGAAGGAUUUCUGGCCUCGUUGGCGGCGUGCCAUGGACUUGGCCAGCACGCCCGCCACCCCGGAUUUGGCCCAACGCGUCCCGGCCGGAGGGAUCGACCUCUCCUUGCUCUGAGGCGCCUGUGAACUUGACUGACGUGCGCUGCCAUGAGAGAUGCAGUGCUCAUGCGCAGGCGCUGCCAGGUCCAGCAGUGCCUGGCCUCAGUCGCAGGGAGCCGAAGGUUCUCAGCACCGAGGCCGAAGGCUUUUCUUCUUAUCUUUGGCCGAAGGGAUGCUCAAGGGCCCGCCCCAGUUCCGAACGGUUCGGAACGGUCGGGGUCUUCUGCUGGAUCGCCGGUGGAGGAUGACCGCUUGUUUUUUUUUCCUAUCUUGAGGAGAAGCUGUGAAAGUUUUGCGAUAUCAAGGGUUUUAGAAGCUGAGCAUCCCUUGCUGGGCGAACGCUGUACAGUGAAGGCCUCGCAGAGCCAAAA